GCCGAGCCAACUGGGACCCGCAGUGGGGUCAACUAAGGCUCGAAAGUCUACCGGGGUUUGGCCCUACACCGGGUACAUUCCAACACACCAUGAAUAGGAUCUUCCAUGACUACUUAGACAAGUUUGUCGUCGUGUACCUCGACGAUAUUCUUAUCUCCAGUAAGUCUGUUGAGGAACAUGCACAACAUUUAGAGAUUGUUCUCUCACUCCUGCGGGAGCACAAGUAUAAGGUCAACUUAGAGAAUUGUGAGCUCGGACGCACUAGGAUCUUGUACUUGGGUCAUGAAGUAUCCGCGGCGGGGAUGAGGUCGGAAGAUGCAAAGGUGACCAGUAUAAGGGACUGGCCACGACCUAAGACUAUUACUGAGGUCAGAUCUUCCUUAGGAAUGUGCGGUUACUAUAGGAACUUCGUGAAGAAUUACUCUACAAUCGCCUCUCCUUUGACUGAUCUCACUCGACUUGACGCACCGUGGGAGUGGAGUGAUGAGUGUGAGGCUGCUUUCAAGCGAUUGAAGCAUGCCCUCAUGAAUCAUGAGGUUCUCAUGGUGCCCGAUCCUCAGAAGCCUUUCAUUGUGACCACUGACGCAAGCCAAUACGACAUUGGCGCAGUGCUGGCUCAGCAGGAUGGGAAGAAGUUGAGACCGAUUGAGUAUAUGAGCAAGAAAAUGCCAUCAAAGAAACUGGCGAAGUCCACCUAUGAAAGGGAACUCUAUGCGCUCUACAAGGCACUCGUCGAUUGGAGGCACUUUCUGUUGGGGCGGUUUUUCUAUUUGAGAACUGACCAUCAGACCCUCAAAUGGAUCAAGACUCAACGUGCUCUUUAUGAUGCACUCGAGCGUUGGAUUGAGGUCAUAGAUCAGUAUGACUUCAAGCUGGAGUAUGUGAAGGGAGAGUACAACAAGGUUGCGGAUGCGCUGUCACGUAGGGCAGACUACCUAGGGGUGCUAGUUUCCGGAUUUGGCGUAUCUGAAGAAGUAACUCAAUUGCUGGUGGGAGCCUAUCAGGAAGACCCUGUCACGAUGGACAUCAUACCCAAACUGCAGGCAAAAGAUAAGGCCACAUAAGAUGAGUUUGUGAUGGUGGACGGGCUACUCUUUCUUGAAAAGGCCGGGUUCAAAAGGGUGAUUUGCAAUUUGGAUUUCUGUACUUCGUUCACACUCAUGUUCCUUGCACUAACGUAUUUCCAAAAGUAUUAAAAGUAGUAUCGGAAAAGAGAAGAAAAUAAAAGCAAUAUUGAGAA